CAGCUGCCAAUCAGGAGAGUGAUCCUUCUUUUCCUUUUCUUCUUGGCAGCAGAAGAUGGAAGAUGGAACCAAAAGGCUUCACAGGUGCCCCCUUUUGGUCUCAACAAGCCAGAUUUGAUGUAUCAGCCAUUUAUCCGAAUUCCAAGAAGCCCAGUACUUUCCUUCAGGCCCCAUACUGUAAGAGUGUCUGUUCAGAUUUGUGCCGAAAAUUAGGACCAGGCACCUACGUGACCGACGAUGGAAGCUUCAGCUCUACUGCGUUACAGAAGAAAUCAUCAAGCUCUAGCUGGGCCAAGGCUCAGGAAGCGGCUAGACUCACUCAAAUGCCACAUUUUAAAUUUAAAGAAAUAUGCCAGCAGGAGAAAGCUCGGAAAAGAAAACUGGGACCUGGGACUUACAAUCACACAGAUUUUCUUCAGCUCAUGGAAAAACAACCACACAGUAUUAGAGGAAUUUGUGAUACUGGAGCAGUAAGAUUUAAAGACUACAUGAGGGAAUGUUAUCCUGGCCCUGGCACCUAUGGAAAUCCUUAUGACAAACUACAAGAAAGAGAAAAAACCCCAGUCACUGCUGUAGGGUUAAUGGAUAGUAAAACUCCUAAACAAUUCACCCUCAUCCACGGGGGAAGCGGUUUGGGACCUGGUACUUACAAUAUCAAAAAUAGUGUGGAUGAGAUGUUGAAACGGGUGGUCAGUAUUCGAGGUCCCUAUGAAACCUUCACCGGCAACAGAUCAAAGCCUAUGGUUUCUGGACAUUUUGCUGGUGAUAGAAAAACAUCUGAGCUGUCUGGCUGCAGUAUAAAAUCCUUCCUGGAUGAACUGCAGACAAGGGAGAAAAAGAAACACGGUGUUUUUAGUACAUUUUCACGGGAUCCAGAUUGCCCAACUGAACGGAUCUUCUGGUCCAAAAUUGGCAUGUUUCCACGUGAACAAUUCCAAACAGGACCAGGCUCCUAUGACAUAAAGCCUAUUAAGAGAACAGAAUAUAAAAACCAACCACCCUUCUGGAUUGGUGCGAAAAGAUUUGACCGAAGAGCAUACCGUCUCUGUUUUGGAAAUACAAAUCCUGUCGGUGUUGGCCGCUAUGAUACCACAAGGCAUGAGAAAUAUUCAAAGAAGUUGAGAUACCGUUCCCUUUAUAUGAAUGAAACACAACGUUAUCUUAGUAACUUGGAAAAGGACAAGUGUUUACAGGAGAGGAUCACUCCUGUUAAUAAAGGUCGCCAGAGCAACCCAAAAUCUGCCUAAGAAAUUGUUGCAUCUGAAAAAAAAAAUACUCUUAAAUAAUCAUGUAUGAGUUGUAUGCCUACGUAGUUUUAGUUUGGCCAGCCUAACUGCAGGACCUAAAAACUGAAAAGAUACACGGAGGAAUCUCUUAUUGACUAAUAAGCUCUUGAAAAUUUGGGCACUCACUUUCACCUUUUUUUUAAAAAAAAAAUCAAGGUAUUCGUUAGAAUUUUGUAGCUGUAGGUUUCUCUUUUAAAAUCAGUGUGCUGCCAUAAUUAUGUCAAUACUAUAUUAAAAUUGCUAGAAACUUAAA